AUGCAGUCAUCAGUAACGGAUUAUCCUAAAAAUCUUAAACGGGAAGCGAGCGUGAUUAUAACGAAAAAGAGUGACUUGUAUGAUAGUAUUUCAAGUGACAGCGUGGAGUUGGAUGUUGAGAAUAUGUUAGCAGAGGGGAGCGAGGGGAAAAAUUUGAGGAUUUGUUUACACCUGCCAGAAAGGUUAGCUGCCACCAGGGAGCAAAUCAAGACAAUACGAGAAUAUACGAAGCGAACAAAACGUGCCAACACCACGGCUCAGACCCCACCAAACGCCCACCAACCCAACCAAACCCCGCCCAUCCACGCUCACCACACGCCCAAACUCCACGCUCACCCACCCUUCCCACGCUCACAAAUCCAACCCCACCCACGCCCACCAACAUCCGCCAUCCACGCUCACCCUGGCCACCCACGCCCACCAAGCCAACCAAAACCCCGCCUCACGCUCACCCUGGCCACCAAACGCCCACCAACCCACCAAACCCCGCCCAUCCACGCUCACCUGGCCACCAAACGCCCACAACCCAACCAAACCCCGCCAUCAACCACCUACACGCCUGGACCACCACGCCACCCUGGCACGCCCACCACCCAAAAACCCCGCCCAUCCACGCUCACCCUGGCCACCAAACGCCCACCAACCCAACCAAACCCCCCCAUACCACGCUCACCCUGCGCCACAAAACGCCCAACCAACCCAACCAAACCCGCCCAAUCCACGCUCACCUGGCCACCACGCCCACAACCCCAACCAAACCGCCGCCCAUCCACGCUCACACCUGGCCACCAACGCCCACCCACCCAACAAACCCGCCCAUCCACGCUCACCCUGGCCACCCAGCCCACCAACCCAACCAAACCCCGCCCAUCCACGCUCACCCUGGCCACCAAACGCCCACCAACCCAACCAAACCCCGCCCAUCCACGCUCACCCUGGCCACCCACGCCCCACCAACCCCAACCAAACCCCGCCCAUCCACGCUCACCCUGGCCACCCACGCCCCCAACCCAACCAAACCCCGCCCAUCCACGCUCACCCUGGCCACCCACGCCCACCAACCCAACCAAACCCGCCCAUCCACGCACCCUGGCCACCAAACGCCACCAACCCAACCAAACCCCGCCCAUCCACGCUCACCCUGGCCACCCACGCCCACCAACCCAACCAAACCCCGCCAUCCACGCUCACCCUGGCCACCCACGCCCACCAACCCAACCAAACCCGCCAUCCACCUCACCUGGCCACCAACACGCCCCCCAUCCCAACCAAAACCCCGCCAUCCACGCUCACCCUGGCCACCAACGCCUGCGCCACCAACCCAAACUGCCCAUCCGCCUCACCCUGGCACCCACGCCCACCAACCCAACCAAACCCCGCCAUGCUCACCCUGCCACCAACGCCCACCAACCCAACCAAACCCCGCCCAUCCACGCUCACCCUGGCCACCCACGCCACACCAACCCAACCAACCCCGCCCAUCCACGCUCACCCCUGGCCACCAACGCCCACCAACCCAACCAAACCCCGCCAUCCACGCUCACCCUGGCCACCCACGCCCACCAACCCAACCAAACCCCGCCCAUCCACGCUCACCCUGGCCACCACGCCCACCAACCCAACCAAACCCCGCCCAUCCACGCUCACCCUGGCCACCCACGCCCACCAACCCAACCAAACCCCGCCCAUCCACGCUCACCCUGGCCACCAACGCCCACCAACCCAACCAAACCCCGCCCAUCCACGCUCACCCUGGCCACCCACGCCCACCAACCCAACCAAACCCCGCAUCCGCUCACCCUGGCUUGCUCACACCAACCCCCACCAACCAACCAAACCCCGCCCAUCCACGCUGGCACCCACGCCGCUCCACCCUGUCGCCCAUCCACGCUCACCCUGGCCACCCACGCCCACCAACCCAACCAAACCCGCCCAUCCACGCUCACCCUGGCCACCCCGCCCACCCACCCACCCAUGGGCGCGCCCGUGAUCGGCCAGCGGGUAUUUAAAGUCAGCGCCCAAAAUACAGCUCGGGUAUAUGGACAGGAGUGCCAAGAUGUCUUCUCUGCGGAUGCCUCGCUGGUGAUCGCCAUUCGGGUUACACAGUCACCGAAAACUGAUUUUGCUCCAGAUAAGAAAACCCUUAGAGAAAAAAGAGAGAAAAAUAUCUCAUAA